AUGGGAGCGUCUCUGAGAGAUCACGGGUCCUUCGUCCGGCCAUCCACCAGGGACCGGCCUACGACUCGCGGCGAGGGGGAAAAUUCGCUGGUCGUCCCCAGUCGCACGUCGUCCUUGCACUCUCGCAUCACUCAACCCAUUCCUUCUUCUCUUAGCAUCAAGCCCCCUCAGCGGACUCCCAAAACUCUCACUCAUGCUUACAUGGUCUGCGGUGUCGGCCGUGAGCCUUCACAAUGGGUCAAGGCUCCCGCACCCGACCAGGGAAAAAUCGGCCACAUGAAAGGUGCCGUUGGCCAGUUCUGGCUGCCAGAAAUCCUGGGCAGCAGCCCCCGGUUAGAGCAGGACAACGAGAUUGCAAGAGCCUUGCACUCGGCCAUGAGGGCUUGCUUCCCCCACGACGUUGAGAUCUGCACCGGCAAGAGCCAACCUCACUGCGCCCACCACGCCUUUGUCCUCCAGCAGGACUCUUCUCACACUCUGUACGGUAUCGCGCUGCGCGUUUGGUCCCGUGCCGAUGAGAAGCGUGCCGAGACCAUCCGUGAACUCCGCAAGAAGACCGAGCCCGACUUUUACGACAACCCCGACGAGACCUACUGGAUUCCCUACUGCUUGAGUUUCCUCUCCAGGUAUCCCCUGUACGACCUGCUGGGUGACUAUCUUCGUGGCAUGUGGAUCCAUUGGAACAAGGCCACCAACCUGUUCCACGCCGAGGAGGUCUCUCGCAUCCUGAGCUUCCCGGCUCCCCGUCUGAAUGACUUGGUCCGUAUUGAUAUGAAGGAUUAUGCCCUUUGCUACCAGUUCCCUUCGUCACCCACCGGCUUCCAGAACUUCUCUAUGUGGCCACUGUUCAACUGUUUGUCGAUCCCUAACAUCGUCGGUGUCACCGAGGCCGCCGUUUCGCCCACCCGACGCAUCAUCUUCGUCAGUCACUACCCAGCCAUGCUGACCGUGGCCUCGGAGACCGUUCGAUACUGCGUUCGAGUCUAUGAAUGGAGCGGUCUGUACGUUCCCGUGGUGCACGCUCGCCACGUGAAGGAGCUGGUCCAGGAGCCCGGACCCUACAUCUUGGGUAUCACUGCCGAGUGCCGCACUCUAUUUAACGCUCCCUCUGACGCCCUUGUCGUUGACUUGGACCGCAACUUUGUCCUCACCUCUAGCCCUCCCAACGUCCUCAACCAGGGCCAGCGCACCAAGUUCAUUAACCGCUUGACACAGGCUCUGAACGGUGAUGUGUCGCCCUCCGGUGUCCCAGCCCACCUGCGGUCGGCCUACGCUGGUGGCAAGCUGAUUCCUGCCGGUCAAAUAAUUGUCAUGCGCGGCGAGGUCGAAAGUGUCCAGGAGCCCAACUGGUGGAACCAGGAUGCCGUCAUGAGUGUUAUGGACCACGUUUGCGAGAAGCUGGGCCGCAACACCGGCAUGAAGGCCAUCUUCGGUGGCUCCGUCAAGAAGCCCCUGAUGACGAAGGUCUCGAUGCGUCAUCUCAACGAGAUCGUCCGCGAGCGCAACCAGUACUCUCGGGAUGCCAUGGAGGCGUGGCAGGACUUCAUCAACCUCAAGGGACGUAUGGACACCGAGCUCAGCAAGGUCACCAAACGCAACAACUUCCUUGUUGAGGAGCUCGAGACCUGGAAGCAGCAGUUCCUCAAGUUCCAGGCCUUUGCUGAGCAGCUCACCAAGGAGACCUCCGAACUUAAGGUCAAGAUCGAGAACCACAAGCGCGAGAACCGCCGCCUCACCGGUCUUAUUGACCAGCAGAAGGAUGACGUUGCUCGUCUCACUCUCCGUCUUUCCGGCACCGAGAAGCAGCGUGACGAUGCUCUCGAGGCCUUGGUCCUCCAGCAGGAGAUUGCCGAGGAGCUGGAGCGCGAACGCAAGCGCAACCAGAAGGAGCUCUCUGCUCUCUCCCACACUAACUCGACACUCACUCGCCAGCGUGACGAUGCUCAGCGUGUCGUUCUGCACCUGCGCAGCCUGAUCAGCGGCCAAAGCCACCACAUGGAGCACAUUGUUCGCUCCAUCGGUAGCACUUCGGAGAUUACUGAGAUGAUCGAGCAGGGAUACGAAGACGCCCCCGAAGAGUCUAUCGAGGACAAGUCGGAGGUUGCAAAGGAGACAUCGGGAAGCAAGAAGAGCACAUCCAGCAAAUCGGUAAAUGAUCAAAGCCCCGUGCUAGAACAGCACCUGCUGAACCUUGGCAAGGAUCACAAGUCCGUUGCUCGUCUGAGCAUGUCCGACGUCGCGGACCGUUACCUCCAAGACAAGACAGAUGCUAUUGCGGACAUAAUCCGCAGCAUCAGUGACCAGUGCGCCGCCGCCGUCGAGGGUCUGCACCUCGCUCAGGAUGCCGAGGAUGAGGAGGCCGAGGCUUCCAAGGCCUCCACUAACCAGACCGACUCUCCUCGUCUGGGUUCCGAGUACGAGGGUCAGGAUGGUCGCACCACCCGUGCCGCCAGUGAAGUGAGCGAUGCCGACAACAACUCGCUGCACCCGGACAACCGCCACUCGAGCAUCCCGCCCACCCCGGACCUGGUCCACAACCGCUCCAGCACAUCCAUGUCUAUGGUCAGCAGCUCAACCUUCCCGGAACGUUCGAGCCAGCAGUACGGGCCCGGUGACAUCCCCACCCGCAUCGUGGAGGAUGACGACGAGCAUGCCCACGACUCCAGCGAGGACCAGCAGACCGAGACUGGCACUUUGUCCAAGCAAGCCAGUGAGGAUCUCAUGCGGCCCAACACCGCCCGUGUGAUCUCGUAG